ACUGAACAAACCUGAAGUACUGUAUCCACUCUCUUUCUCUUCUCUCUCUAAUUUUCUGGAUAGAGAAAAGAAAACCCCAAAAUUUUAAUUUCUUUUGAUUCGAUCAGAUCAGGGUUUCAUCCUUUAAUCACCCCCUAAAACACUUAAUUUGUCGACUAAAUCACAGAAAAAUGGCAGUCUGUUCACAGAGGAUUGGAUUAUCAAGUUUUGGUUCAGUAAAUCAAACAAGAACAAGUCAUAUGAUUGUCAAAGUUAGGGCAUUUCAGAGUUUGAGAAAUGGGGUUUUGGGGAAUUCAGUAAAUGAGGUUACUCUUAGUACUAGUUGUUUAUACAAUACAAGUAAUGGUAGGCAUAUUGAGAGAAAAGAGAAAAAUGGGUUUAGGGUUUGGAAUUCGUUGCAGCCGUCAGAUUCUAGUGAAUCAUCAUCGACUUCACCUGUGAUUGCGAUUACGAAAGAGGAAGUAAAAGAUGGUGUGGUGGUGAAGGAUGUUGAUGAUUCUGAGGGUGUUAAGGUGAACCCAGCUGUUGAUAAUGGAAAUGGUGGCGCUGGUAAUGGGAAGGCUGGAGGUGGUGGGGGAGGAGGAAAUGGGGGUGGUGGUGGUGGUGGUGAUGAUGGAGAGAAUGAAGAGAAUGGUAGAGAAGAGAAGGAGUUUGGGCCAAUUAUGAAGUUUGAGGAGGUGAUGAAGGAAGCAGAAAAAAGGGGUGCAAGUCUUCCUGCAGAUAUGUUAGAGGCUGCUAAAACUGUUGGUAUUCGCGAAGUUCUUCUUCUUCGUUACUUAGAAUUGCAGGGUUCAUCUUGGCCCUUGGGUUUUUUAAUGAGGUCGUGUGCUAUGCUUCGGAACCGAAUGCUUGCUGAUCCUGCUUUCCUUUUUAAAGUUGGAACCGAGAUAGUUAUUGAUUCUUGUUGUGCAACCUUUGCUGAAGUUCAAAAAAGAGGCAAAGACUUCUGGGCAGAAUUUGAGUUGUAUGUUGCAGAUCUUUUGGUUGGCAUAGUUGUGAACAUCGCUCUUGUCGGUAUGCUAGCACCCUAUGUCCGCUUUGGGCAAGGGUCCGCUUCACAAGGAUUACUUGGACGCAUGCAACAUGCUUAUGCAGCUUUACCUAGCAGUGUGUUUGAGGUUGAAAGGCCAGGGUGUCGGUUUUCAGCUCAGCAAAGAAUUGCAACAUACUUCUAUAAGGGCCUUAUGUAUGGAGCUGUUGGUUUUGGGUGUGGUCUGGUUGGGCAAGGCAUUGCAAACUUUAUCAUGACUACUAAACGGAGCAUUAAUAAAGCAGAAGAUGACAUCCCUGUGCCACCUCUAAUAAAAAGUGCAGCUCUUUGGGGUGUAUUUCUGGCAGUUUCAUCCAAUACCCGAUACCAGGUUGUGAACUUACUGGAACGACUGGUUGAAACAUCCCCUGUUGGAAAGCGGGUCCCUGCAGCGUCUUUGGGAUUCACUGUUGGUAUUCGAUUUGCAAACAAUGUUUAUGCAGGCAUGCAGUUUGUGGAUUGGGCCAGGUGGAGUGGAUGUCAAUGAGAAAGCAAGUAUCACGCCGCACCAGUGCUAAACUUUCUAUCGAGUUCUUGCGCUGGAAAUUCAGCACCAGAGUGUUUUCUUGCUCCUAUUUAAGUUAACCUUCGGAAACAGAAUGGAUGUUAGUUGUGGUGCAGCAUGAAAUACUUCAGUAAAAACACAGGAAAACGUUAGAUAGCUCAAGCCUUGUGGUUGAAUCCUUGUAGCGCUAUUUUGUUAAACCGGCAAUCUACCUCUUCAUUCAGUAGUUAAUAUACUUAUAUCUCUGGUUGGGAUCUAGUAAACCCAUUGAAAUAGAAGUAGUUAAAUGUUUCUUUUAAUUUGAUAUGUUAAAGAAGAUCGACUAUGACCAUUACAGUACAAUUCAAGUUGUAGUAUUUUCCAUUUUGUUGUAUGAGUUAUAUUCAUGAUCCUUCAUUUAACU